CACGGCUACGACCGUGGCCAGACUUACCUAGAGACAAAGGUAAGUUACUCGACUCUCCUAGUCUCCUUAACCAUUGUAAGCGCCAUUUUAGCCCUAAUUGAUUCAGAGGCCAGCUAAAGGCAUUUGGAAAUCUUGGAAAAUAACUUAUUUCUAAAGCCUAAAUGGCAUGCCAUCCGCUUCUAGGGAGUUCAUUUUCUGUUCUAGAGUUGGAGAGAACAUUGAGCAGAAUAUAAACAUCGGCGAGUAUAAUUGAGCGAUACGCGACACACGACACACCACUCUCGGAAUGUUAGAAAAUUUUCUCUCUCUAGGCCCCGGUACUAGUGACGAGCUUUUUCGUAUUCAACCGUGACGUAAAAAAAACUAUUAUUUAUAUGGUGAUCUAGUGGAGAAAUUCAAGAACAUUUGGUUGUUUGAAGUGUUUUUGAAAGUGCAUAUAAUCCUGCUUCGUGCCGCUUAACAGAACUUGUAGAUGGAGGAGGAUAAGGCAAUUUUAGACAAUGUUGUGCUUAAAGUAGAAGUUACGCCGAAAGUGGAAUCUAAUAAUACAUCAGAAAUCGUACGUUUAACGCCAACUGGAAAAAUCAGUCAUGCUAAAACACGCGUUUAUACACAGCGAUAUCGUAAAGAAUGGGAACACAUGACGGACUUUAAAGAAUGGCUAACGUCGGUACCAUACCAGGCAACUCGAGCUUUUUGUAAAUUUUGCCAAAGGAAUUUACAUGCUCAUCGAUUAUCAUUGUUAAAACACAUGUGUACCUUAAAGCAUCAAAGAGCUGCUAUUCAAUAUAAUAAGAUGCAAGCAGUAAGCAGUCAACAAGUGGAAGAAAUAUCGAAUGAUAUGAAUUAUGUUGUCGAAAGAUUAGAUGUGGAUGAUUACGAAGAUUCAAAUUACGACGAUACAACGUAUGUGCAAGAUGGAGAGGAAAUAACUAUUGAAAGCGAAGUGCAAGAAGAAAUUGUGGAAGAAACAGAUACCGAUACAGCAACCCCAGUGAAAAAAAUUCGUCUUCAAAAGGAACAGGCCGAGGAUACUUUAGCGCAAGCUAUGUCCCACGUUCAAUCGGAUUACUUGACAGAGAAUAACGAAUCCAUUGAAUUACAAAUGGUCGUUGAACCAAAUCACGAUAACGACGACGAAGAAAGUAAAUCGUAUGAACUCAUUAAAUAUGAGAACUUAGAAAAUUCAAAGAAUCAAUUUGACAUACAAAAAGAUUUGUCAAAUUCUUCGAGCAUUAAAAAUAGCUCGGAUGACGAAAUAGAGAAGCAAUUGAGUAACGAUGAAGAGAUUAAGAAUACCAUAUCAUCAUUGGAUACUACAAAUUCUGUACUACCUUCGGAUAAUUCAAAAAAAGUGUACUUUUUCUCUACUGGUGGAAAAUCCUAUACUUUAGUAAAAAGUAAACUUCCGCAGCUUAUAUUGAAUCAAUUCAAUAAAAAUUUAACUUUAUUUAAAACUGCAAAACGGGAUGGUAAAAAUACUAAAGAUACAAUACCUGAAAUUAAUAUUACUACGGCGAGUACUAGUCAAGAAUCUACAAAUAAGAAUAUUUUAUCGUCAAACACCUCAUUAAUGACGACAAAAUCCGUUUUAAUAAAGAAGCCAAUUGUUAGUACGCAUGUUUUGGAAACAAGUAAAGGAGUACCAGUUUGUGGACUGCAAGUUAGUCUUUACAAAUUACAAGAUGGUCGAUGGACAUUUAUUCAUGAAAGUAUCACAACUGCCAAUGGUAAUUGCAAUAAUUUUUUAAAUUCAGCUACAAACAAUCUCUCAACCGGACGUUAUAAACUUCAUUAUGACGUAGAAAAAUAUUACGCAAUGAGAAAAAUAGCAACUAUUUAUCCAUUCAUCGAAAUCGUUUUUGAUAUCAAAGAUCCUAAUUCAUCAUAUCAUGUUCCACUUUUGCUUAGCCCAUUUAGUUACAGCACAUAUAAAGAUUCGCGUAGAUGAAGUCAGUAAUUAUAAUUAAUUCUAUUUUUAAAUUAAUUA